UUAUUUGGGCGGGAAACCCUUCCUCUGAUCCCCCAAUAUCAAGUCUACUCAGUUACAGCGCGUCGCCUCCUUUCGCCGCCUUCAUGGAGAAGUACGCCGUCUCCGCUGAGCGACUCCGCAAGCCUCGAUUCAGGCCAAGAUGGACGCAUAUGAUACCAGAGAUAGAAGGAAGGAUUCCUCUCAGUUAUCGUCGCGAAGCUUCUGCACUUUUUCAUAAUUCGUUGGGAGAGGUUAGGAUUUUCGGUCAUGAUUACCUAUUCGAGCCCGAGAGUUGUGCUACUUUUUUGGCACAUAUGGCUGAUCCUGCUUAUCCAUCAGGCUCUUUUUUAAGGCAGGGGAUUUCGGGACUUGAAUUUGAUAAUAAGGGAAUUUAUCUUGCCUCGGUGACAAAAUCAGGAUGCUUGACAGUACAUGACUUCGAAACAUUAUACUGUGCAAUAUAUGGUCCAACUCCAAGUCAAUUGGUGAAUGAGGCAAAAGAUUUGGUCCAUAUUUCCAAGGACCAUGAAUUAGAUUCUAUUCGGUGGAAUCCAAAUGAUCAACAUGAGGUGGUUUGUGCUUCCAGACAAAACAAUAAUAUUUUACUUUUUGAUAUCACUUAUAUCUCACCCGAUCCAGUACAAGUACUCUGCUGCAAGCGUCACACUAAUGAGCUCUCCAAUGGAUUAUCUGAUGUAUUGUUUGAUUCUGCUAAUAAAUCAAGGUUGUUUGCUUCUUGUCUAGAUGGCAAUGUUUAUGUUUUGGAUACACGAUCGAGCAAUUCCCAAUGUCUCAUGCUUACAACAGAUCCACGAAGAGAAAUUAAUAGUAUUGCACUAUACCUGCAAGAUCGGGUUGUAUUAGGGGCAGGAAAACGUGGAUUGAUUCACUCUUGGGAUCUUCGUGGAGGACGACAAUCACAUGCUUUUCAAAGUCACAAUCAGAGUUCUAUCUAUCCUUUACUAUCUAUAAAGGUAUCUGCUGAGCUGGAGAAAAUCUCAUCUUUGAAGGCACAAACACACAUUGUUCCAAAAGAAAUCCACAGCAUCAACAUCAAUCCAUCUUGUUCCGAUCAGUUAGCUUUCCAUAUGGUUGAUGGCUGGUCUGGAGUUCUUGAUCUCAGGAAUGUUGUUGUGACGCAUGUGCACUGUCCACCUGCUGACUUAGAUGGAACAGAUAUAUCAACACACUCAAUUAUGAGAAGACCCGCUUGGCUUCCAACAUCCUCGAUUUACACAGUUGGAUCUGUUUCUGAUAAAGGAUUAUAUUUGUUGGACUUCUUUCCAAGAAAAGACUCUGCAUGUCACGUGGACUUUAACCCAGAAGCAAGAAGCAAUUCUCAAGAAUGCAGUAGAAUUUUAGAAAACAAACAUAUUCCUGUGUCACAAAACAUACUAGUUUGUGCUGUUCAUCCCCUUAACAAUACUAUAAUUGCUGGGACUAAGCAAUCUUGUUUAAUGAUGAUAUCUCCAAAGCAUAAGGCUGACAAUGGUGAUUAAAUGCUACUACUACCUGAAAGUGCUCAUACAUUUGAACAUUGAAAUUAAAAUGUGAAGAAUAUAGACCAAAUGAAGCUUUUGAGUUGUCAACGUAUUGACCAAGAGUUUUAACAUUCUGCAUGUUUAUUUACUACAAGUGCCUGAUCACAAAAAGGGUAGUGAGGAGCCACUUGAAAAGACCUGCGAGCGAGAUGGUUCUUAAUAGUACUCCCUUUCAUUGCCUUAUGAGUUUGAACAUCCUAAAAUCGUACCGAUGUCUACUAAAACCUACGGGCGGUUUGAUGAAGCCAGUGAGAGUAAAUCUGAUCCUUGUAUCUAAGUUGUUCCGAUCCUUACCAAGUUCUUCAAAGAGAAAUUCAUUGAUAAAAAUGCAGUAACAUCAAAAUUAGAAAUUCAAUUGAGAAAUUUGCAUGCUGCACAAGCACAAUUGUAUCAAGCAUUUUUUAAAAUAUAUUGUAGUAUAAUUUAA